CCCCGGCCCCCUGGCGGCCAAUGCACGGCCGGGGAGGCAGAGCCGAAGAAGGAGUCAGGGAAAACAUCAGUCCCAACUUUCUCACCUUGAAAGGAACCAGGCGCUCCCGAUGCGUCCCCUCCAGCCGCCCUCCCUGCCAGCCCAGCCUCCUCGGGAGCGCCGUCCGACGGCUCGUGCUUGCCCCGCCAGCUGCCCCCUGCCCCACGAGGGGGAGAGACCCGAGUAGGGGGGCGCCUCUGGGGACCGUCCCCCUAGGUCCCUGCUGCCCGGGGGCCGCGGGCAGCGGCGGCUCUGUGGCGGGGCUCGAUGCGGCUGCCAUGGGGCGCGGGGCUCCCCUCGGACCGCGCCUGCUGCGGGCAGCGCUGCUGCUGCUGCUCUUCCUCUGCCCCGCCGCUGGCAGCACCUGGAUGUGGCUGGGCAUCGCCGCCGCCGGCGGGCCGGAGAAGCCGGGCUGCACCAGUCCUCCGCUGAGCCGCCGGCAGCUGGACCUGUGCGAGCAGAAGCCGGAGCUGGCGCCCGCCAUCCGGGAGGGAGCGCGGCUGGGCCUCCAGGAGUGCCGCAGCCAGUUCCGACACGAGCGCUGGGACUGCCGCUCGCCGCCCGCCGCCCGCCGCGGCACCGCCGCCCCCGCCGCCCUCGGGCACCAGCUCAGCAGCGGCACGAAGGAGACUGCGUUCAUCUAUGCGGUGACAUCAGCAGGACUGGUGCAUUCAGUGACGCGAUCGUGCAGUGCGGGGAAUGUGACCGAGUGCUCCUGCGACCUGAGCCUGAGGCAUGGCGGCUCGGCCAGCGAGGGCUGGCACUGGGGCGGCUGCUCUGACGAUAUCCACUAUGGAAUGUCAUUCAGCAGAAAGUUCCUGGACAUGCCUUUGAAGAACUUAACGGGCAAGAGUGGGAGCGGACUGGUGGUGAUGAACCUGCACAACAACGAGGCUGGGAGGCAGGCUGUAGCAAAGCUGAUGUCUGUGGAUUGUCGUUGUCACGGUGUUUCUGGGUCCUGUGCUGUGAAAACUUGUUGGAAAACAAUGUCAUCCUUUGAAAAGAUUGGCCGGUUUUUAAAGGAUAAGUAUGAAAACAGCAUACAAAUAUCAGACAGACUGAAAAAAAAGCUACGCAGGAAAGAGAAAAGCCAGAGAAAAGUACCAAUCGGGAAAGAGGACCUGCUAUAUGUGAACAAAUCACCCAAUUACUGCGUUGAAGAUCAAAAAUUGGGGAUCCCUGGGACUCAGGGAAGAGAAUGUAACCGCACCUCCCAGGGACCCGAUGGCUGUAACCUCCUGUGCUGCGGGCGCGGGUACAACACCCACGUUGUCAGGCACGUGGAAAGGUGCGAGUGCAAGUUUGUCUGGUGCUGCUACGUGCGCUGCAGGAGGUGUGAGACCAUGACUGAUGUACACACCUGCAAGUAAGAUGAAGUACAGGAAACACAGCCAAACCAUCCUGCCCUGUCUGGUGCAGAGCUGCCACACAGGCAGCAAAUCCUAUUACUGUGUGGGAUUUUGGGGGAAUCAGCCUCGGGGAGAAUGGGUACUGCCAAACAACAAAUAGUCCAAGCAUUUGGCGACUGAAAGAACAAGUUAGUGAGCACCAGACUGCAUGCAGGGGCAGCUUAAACAACAAAAAAGGACUACUGAUGACACAUUUGAAUAUCUUACUCCAUGAGCAGGGACAGACACUAAACUUUUCAAGUCUUUAAUAGCUACAACGUCCUGAAGAUCCAUGUGGUGGGCAGGUACAGUGGAGAAAACUCAAGAUCUCAUUAGCCAGAGACUGAAGAGUUAAGAGGACUUGUAAGAUAUAUGUCUAUGUCUAUGUUUUUAUAAGUGGGACUAGAUGAAUCCACUAGAUGGUUCAUUUCUGCACUUCAGAAAAAAUCACAAGGUUAGGGGAGAUGUUCUUCUUUUGACCACUGUUUGCUUUGCAGCCAUUCAGAAAGCUGUCUUCUGUGUAAUAUGCAGAAAAGCAUCUGGUACUGAGAAAUGUGCAUGACUGCAGAGGGCUCAGCACUGCCUGGUUGGGAGAGGAGGAUCUGUUGGCGUGAGGCAAGCUGUGCCCAGAGUAGAGAGGUGAGAGCACAGCUUGAUGAAUGUGAAUGGUGUACCAAAUAGCAACCUCAGGAUUUUUUUUACAGCUUGUCCUUCAAAUGCACAAGGGACAGGCCUGAGGAGGGACAAAAAUACAGUUUAAUAUUAGAAGGAAACAAAAACCCUUGCAGGCAUUUCCUCAGCAUCUGAGCACACAUUUUGUGAGUCAGCUGGUCAUCACCUCACUGUUGAACUCUAUGCAAUAACUUGCCAUGUUCAAACAUCUCACUGGUGUUUCACCAUCAUUUUCAAAAUUAACCAUGUGAAACACAGCCCAAAGAAAUCUGCCAUAAAGCAAAAGAUUUUUUAAAACAUGUUUUCUUUAUAGAAGCAGCAUUUAAAAUUUUUCAUUAGGUUGCAUCCUCAUUAAAUUCAGUGCACAAUGUAAUUUAUGAAUUGGCUCAUACCACUGAAAUAUUUAACUGUUAAUGAUAACAUUUUCUCCCCCUUCAUAUGUUGGCUUAAUUUUAUUUUACAUCUGUGAAAGGUUGUUUAUUUUCAUGCAAUGAUUUAAUGCCUGGCUUAAAAAGCAGCAUGUGAAAGGAUUACUGUUGUUUAAUUGUGCAAAUACAUAUUUUUGAUAAGACAAGAAAGUUUAUAUUUUGUAAAUAUUUAAAUUAUGCAAGUUAUGUAAAACAUUUCCAAAACUUAUGUGAUAAGACUACAGUCUUUGAUAUUUGUUGGUUAGAUAUUUGUUAAUAUUGUAGUAGCCUUUAAUUGAUUUUUAUUUGCAUGUGCUGAGGGAAAUUAGUCAGAGAAUUACAUAAAUGUUCCUUUUUUUUUACCAUCAGGGUGCUCAUAAUUAUUGCAGUGAAUACACACUGAUGAGAAACACUAUGAUUCUCUAAAUGAUCAGUUAAUUAGUAUUCUGAAUAUUUUCAUUUUUAUUAUUAUUCUUUUAAAUUCAUUUUACGAACACUGAAAUCCCAGCUCCAGCAGUAAGUGCAGAACUCCCACUGACAUCAAGGGGACUUGCAGGGGUUUGCAAUCCCUUAACUUCUUCCAUACUAACAGUUUUUAGAAAGAAAUCAUCUUGGACAGUUUGGUUGAGGCUUUCAAAGUUACUUUGAAGAAUUCAUUUCCUUGUUGUCAGUUAUUUUCCCAUGAAAGAUGGUGACCAGAUUCCCUGUCACUCUUUAUUGGAUGUGUAGGUCAGGAAGAAGGAAACAAAAUCUUCUAUGUUGUGGUAUUUCACUGCCUUAUGUGGAUUAUCUUAGGAACAUCAGUUCAGAAACAAUUAAGUCCUUAAUCUGCUCGUUCUUUUUGGACCUUUACUCCACAUUUGGCCAGUGUGUCUCUGUUGACCUAGAUAGAUUAUUAUCCUGAGGCCACAAAAUCUGCUGUCUGUGAGAAGGGUGCUCAGCAUGCCAGUCACUGUCCCAGGAUUCAACACCCUUUCUGUGAAAAUACACAUGCUGUUGAAAGAUCCUAAAGAGAGGGUUGUGAGCCACAGGUUGUUCCCAUCUUGCAGCAAUGAAAGGAAACCCAGUGGCUCCUCAGGCUGUGCCACAGCACCUAUUGGCAGCAUGGAUGGGAGAUGAUACUGGUCAAUGUGAUAUGAAGGCAUGGUAGAGAUUGCCUCUUUCUCUUUUUUAUUCUGCCCCACAUCAAGUUCCUGUCAGAGGCAAGUGCCUUGGUGUCCUGCCUGAGCCUUCUCCUAGAGGUACUGAGUUCACUGUUGAGAUUACAACUGUUUUUUUAUAUGGGACUCCAGCUUAUGGGAAUUCAGUGUGAAGACCAGAAUCCUUACUGCAGCAGCCUUGACCAUUCUUUCAAAACAGCUUUUAUUGGACCUAAAGGUUCUUCCAUGCCUGAUCUGUAAAAUACAGAAAAUUGCCAAUAUACUUCUCAAUCUCACCUUAACUUCUGGCAGGGCCGGAAAUGGGGAGGAAAUGAUUCUGGACUUCUGGGCCUGAGGUCAACUGCAGGGAUUUUCCCAGGAGGGGCAAACCUCAGAAAGAUGUUUCUGUGGGUUUGAAGGAGAAGGGCACUGACAUUGGCAUUGCACAGAGAUGUGGGGCAGCCAGAACGCAGCCAUCACAGCCAGGGUGUCUCUUGCCUGCUUGGCUAUUUAUUCAGCAUUUGAUGCUGUGUUAUUUUUAACAAUCAUCUAGUUUCAUAAAAAAAACCAAAAACAAACAAAAAAAAACCCACACCUUUUUGUUCAUAAGUGUUGUUAAUAAAAGAUUUUUUUCUCAGUUUUCUUGGGAGGAAGAGUUUAUUUUUUCAAAGAAUGACAAAAGACAAUGAAGAGAAGUGGCAACAUGUAAGGUUUAUGAAAGCUUCAAUGGCUGAGCAAACAAGCUAACACAGGUUUGAAGCUUCACUGGCAGCGAAAGAAUUCAUUUUGCUUCUGAGAAGCUGAGGGAGAAUUUGAUGGGAGGUGGUGUUACCCUUUCUGCACUGAGAGUAGACCAAGUGCGUGCAAUCUGAGGGAAGCAGAAGCAAAGCUGAGUGCACUGGGGAGACUGGAGCAUGAGCUCCUCUCUUUACCCACCACAGUUUAAAUUGCUGUUUAAGUUAAGCUCCAUUGUAACUUACCUCAGUUACAUCCAUAAAAUUAAUUCUGGAUGAGCAGUAUCUGUAAAAGCAAUUUUGGAUCAGGAUAUGAACACUGUUUCGUAGUAGCAUCAGGGUUAAAAAAAUUAACUGACAUCUAUUGCACUAUUUAUUGCACAAAACUGCCUUUACUACUUCCACACUCUCAAACCAAAGCUUUCCUUGCGGGACAGCAAGAGAGAGAAUCAUCUGUAAGACAGCAUGCCUCCUCUUUCCAAGAGGAGCCUAUGUAUGACAUAUGUGGUCCAGCUACUCUGGUGGGCAUGUGGUACUGGGAUGAAUUUAAUUAACUCAGUUGAAUAGGGUGGGGUUUUUUCCUUAUGCUGGGACUGGAGGAUCAAGGCUGUUGACUUUGAAACUACAGCCUUAUAAUACUGUUGUACAGCUUUGCAGUAAUACAUACUUUAUGUUUGAAAGUAGCUUCAUGUGUGCUUAUCUGAGCAAGUGAGAUUAGAAAAAAAAUUGGAAGGAAAUUUGAGUGGGGAAAAGGUCUUCUCUCAGUCCUAUUCCCACACAGUGCCCUUUUAUGCAUGGAGUAGCAGUUUGAGAAAAGUAGCAAACCUAUGAAAAAUGCCACAAGUUUACUUUUUGAAGAAAGAAUAAUUGUAGCCUCUUGUGAAAGUGAAAAUUAUGUUUUCUGUU